GAAGUUUAAGCAGCAUCAAAGGCAGACCCGGUCGCGCCACACAACCAAAACGCAGCCUCCCCCAGUGCGAAUUUUGCCUUGGAUUGCGACAGGAAGUGGAAAUUAAAGGUGGAAAACUCAUCCGCCCCAUAAGCCAACAUAACAAAAAAAAAACAAAAGACAUCCCAAAGUUUACUGCGGAAGUACAUCCAGCCAUUUCAGUGCCGGUGGGGGUUGUAAGGGAGUAGUGUGUGAUGGUUUUUUUUGUAAUACAACUACGGCCUCUUCAGUAGUGUCGGUGCUAUACACGUACGUGCACAGGAAAAGCCCGAAAAACCCCCGGGCGUAAGGGAAACUUAAAGUUUUCCCCAACCCGCUUUUCCUUCCCUUACACCUACUGGUGCAGAAGGGGUAGAAGCAUCCCUUAAACCAAAAAAAAAAUUAAAGAAAAAACAGAGCGCGUGUGUUGAGUGUGUGUAUGCAAAAGAAAAAAAAUUGUCACACGCAUCUUUGCAUGCGUGUGUAUGUGUGUGUGGGGGGGUGUAUAAGUGUGAAAUUUCGUGCAUUUUUCUUGUUGUUGUUGCGAGGAGGUUCGCUUGUGCCUGACUCCUGUGCCAGCGUAUUUUCUGUUGUUGUCGACGAGUCAACUGCAGCUGCAAACUCAAGUGGCCGAAGGUGGCGCAUCUCAUCAACCUCAAUCGAGCAGAGCAAACGCACCUCAUCUCCCCCACGCACGCAGGCACGUACGCGUGUGCACGCCCUCGAAGCGUAAACGGCGGGGGGACCGUUUUUUUUUCUUGCCGCCUUGGUGCAGGUCAUGUUUGCCGCCGCCAACAACCAACCAACUGUCCGCGCGGUGCGACCAGCAAUAGAUGCAGCAUAGUGCGCAACCAUCAACACUGCUUCGCAAACCGCCGUUCGGCGGUGUCUGUCGCGAUUCCUUGCCGCGAUUAUUACCGUCGGCGGGUAUUGCGGUGUGAAACCCGCUAGCGAAACAAGUGUCUGGUCGCGAAACGCGAGAAAAUGUGAGCAGCCGCAACGAGCGCAGUGCAACAACCGGUGCCGCUAGACGAACGAUCGAACGAACGGAAGAAACGAACGCCACCAGUGGCCACGAGCCGCCCUGCACCGGUCAGGGCCCGUCGACAGUUGGCCGGAGAACAGCGUACCGCUGGGCGCGCCCGAAGCAGCGUACCCGCAAGCGCAGAAAACGCAAGACCGCCACCGAUCGCCGGUGCGGCGACGCGCUGGCACCGGACGGUGCCGACACCCUGGUGCCGAGCAGUAGAGCCAGGAUCAUCCCUCCAGUUUUACGCGUCCAGCCGGUGCUGGUAAGGUGACCUGGGUGAGGUUGUUAGUGUUUAUCUUCGGGAGGAUAUAACUCCACUGAACCGCGAACCCUUACCCGGUGUGAGUGUUGUGUGUGAGCUAUCGGUGAGAUAGGGUUACGGAAGUUGAGGUGUGAACUCCGCGGCCGAACGUGAAAACGCUAGUGUGAAAGUGGAAGCAAAACUUCGCUACAAGUUCGGUGUUUGUUCAGGCAGUGUCGCGGAAAAAAGUUGAGUUACAGCAGAGUUUAAGCCCAAUUGUCUUGCUAAACAACUAUACCCAGUGCACAGUGAGUGGUGAAAUAGAAGCGGAAAAGUGUGGAAAAAGAAGUGUGAAGUAAAGAAAAAAAAACCUGUGAGGCGCAUUUACAAGAAAGCGCCAACAAUUCUCAGCAAAGCAUAAAAGAAAGCAGAAGAAGGAUACGAACAACGCAAAUCAAACCAGAAACAAACUCAAACAACAAAAAGAAAAAAAACGGUUAGGACGCAACGCGGUGCAAAGGAGAGCGGACAUAAACCAACCCCUGUUACAACGGAAGCGGCAGCCGACCGACGAUGGCUAAAUUUAUCGCGACACUUUGUCUCCUGUGGCUGUCGGUGGUGAUGCUGAUCGGGUUCGCAUCACGACCGGUCACAGCCCGCCGGCAUCCGCUGCUGAUCGAGGACGAGGGAGCACGCCGUAACCGGCCAGCAGAGUGCCAGUUUGGGAAGACCAUACGCGAGCUGCAUACGACCUGGUUUGCCGAUCUGGGCCCCCCGUUCGGCGUUAUGUACUGCAUCAUGUGCGAAUGUGUACCGUUCCAGAAGAAGCGUCGCGUCGUGGGACGCGUCCAGUGUCGCAACAUCAAGAACGAAUGCCCGAAGCCGACCUGCGACGAUCCGAUCCUGCUGCCGGGAAGAUGCUGCAAGACCUGUCCGGGAGAUGCACAGAGUCCUGACGUGGUGCAAGAUCUUCCCCAGGCGACGAUGCCAGAAGAGGAGGAGCGCAGCAAACAUUUUGCGGCCCUGCUGACCGGGCGUACCUCGUCGCUGCUGAAGAAGGAUGACAUGAGCACGAUGUACUCGACGCUCAACCCGCAGAACGUGGUCGCUACUGGGCGGUUUUCGUUUCACAAGAAGAACCUAUACUACAGCUUCUACGUGUCGGAGCGUGCCGCACGCCCAAGAUCGAUACAGUUCGUGCACGCUAACGGCAACAUACUGGAGGAGCACACGCUUACCCUGCCGUCCGAGGAGGGCCGCUUGAGCGCGUACCAGAACGGUACCGGGAAGGUGUGCGGUGUGUGGCGCCGCGUACCACGGGAAUACCGGCGGCUGCUCCGGGACGAGCUCGUGAGUGUGGUGCUGCUGUGGGGCAGCAAGCAUCAAGCAGAGCUGGCGAUAGCCGGUCCGAUCGCGAAAUAUUCCGCACUGGCGCACGAACUCUUCAGCUCACUGCUGGAACCGGCCGCCCAGCCGGACAUUAUGAGCGGCGCGGGCGGUACGGCGAUCGUGUCGACCAGUAGUGGUGUCACCUCCUCCAUCCAUCUGACGAUCGUGCUGAAUGGACUGUUCGCGCCCGAGGACGUCAGUGACGUGCCGCUGAACGUGCGUCUCGAAUCGCUCGACAAGCGCCAGCUGAUACUGGAGGAUGUCCAGCGCGUCCGGAAACCUGCCCAUGACAUCAACGUGCUGGAGGUGUCGUCACCGGUGUCGGUGAGCGACCUGCGGCUCCUAACGCGCGGUAAGCUCACGCUGACGGUUGAGUCGCGCCGGAAUCCGGAUCUGCUGCGGUUACAGGGUCCGGUGCGGGGUCGCGUGGCUUGUGAAGUCUUCCAGACGCUGCUCAGCUCGCACGGUGUGGAUGUGCGGAGCGAUGCGAGCGGUCUGGCCUGGAUGUACCAGAACCGGGAGGGUUCGCUGGUUUACCACGUGCAGACGCACCAUCUGCAUGGGCAGUCCGGCACGGCCAGCCCCGUGCUGACGCUGAUCGACGACAGUGCCAAGCGUAAGCCGGAGCUCGAGACGCUAACCCGGGCGUUUGCCGGCGAGCAUGCGUCCGGUGUGAUCGAUCGGAUGGGACCGCGCGUACUGGAACCGCUCUACUCCGGCGAGCUGGCCAUACACGUAACGAACGAACAGAAUCUCACCCUGCUGCACGGCAAGUUUGUGACGCGCCAGGUCGCGGACUCGCGGGACUCGAGCGCGCCGGUGCUGUUGCGCCGUACCGCCGAUCUGCCACCGCUCACGCACGCCGUCGGCAUGGCCUGGAUGGCGGUGGACAACGAGUGUUUUCUGCAUUACGAUCUAUCGCUAGCCGGUGUACCGGGUGCGUUCCAUCCGCUGCAGCUGUACAUGGAGGAGCUACCGUUGGAGGCGCCGAAUGCACCGAUCAGUCGCCGGCUGUUGGAAGAGUUCGGUGGCAACCAGCUGGAGGGUUUCCAGCUCGGGCUAUCGCCCCGCGAUCUGGCCAAGCUUGAGACGAGCGUUAUCUAUCUGGAGGUGCGGUCCAACAGUACGACCGAGCCGUUGUUGCGCGCCCGCGUCCACACACCGACACGCGUCCCGAGCCACUGUACCGGGGGGUUAGACAACGAGGUACAGCAGGACCCGUUCGCCGCGAACGAUGUGCCGGUAACGACCAAUGAAAAGUGCUUCCAUUCUGGCCGCUUCUACGACGAGGGUGAAACGUGGCGCAGUGCUGUGGAGGCGUGUACCAUGUGCUCCUGUGACCACCAGCAGUACAAAUGCGAGAAGAUGAAGUGUCCAUCGCUGAAAUGUCGCAAGGAAGACAUUGUGCAGAAGAAGGGUGAAUGUUGUCCAUCGUGUGCUGCUCCAAAGACCACCGCAGGCAAUGGGCUUCCAGCAGCACCGGUGACUACUGUCAGCAGUGGUAGUACGAGCGCACAGCAUGGUUGCAACCUCGGCGAGGCGUUCCACGAAGCCGGUACCACAUGGCAUCCGUAUCUGCACCCGAGCGGCUACGAUACCUGCACCAUCUGUACGUGCGAGCUGUUUACGCUGCAGGUGAAGUGUGCCCGUGCCCAGUGUCCACCGCUGCCGUGUAGCGACAAGGUUGCGUAUCGGCCGGACAAGAAGGCCUGCUGCAAGGUGUGCCCGCAGGUGAAGGAACCGAAGGUACCGAAGAAGAUCGGCCGGCAGGACGUGCAGUACGAUGAGGCGGGCAGUUCGGCCGGUACGCUGCGUUCACCGCAGGCCAUCCUAGCUGCCGGUGGUUGUCGGUACGAGGAGAACAUCUACGAGAACGGCCAAGAGUAUCACCCGAUUCUGGCAACGCACGGCGAGGAGAAGUGCAUCAAGUGCCGCUGCAAGGACGGACAGCUAAACUGUAGUCGCAAACGGUGUAACCGAGCAAUGUGCAACCGACAGAAUGCGAAGCGCCCCGGUCAGCAACUGCAGCAACAGCAGCCAGUCGAUGAGUGUUGCCAGUGCAGACCCGCCCGUCAUCACCGAAAACGGCAGCAGCAGCAGCAAACGAGUGUUAAGAGUUGAAUUGAUUUAGUAACGAGCGUAGUACCGACGCGGAGUACCGUGGGUUUCCCUGUGCCAUGUUAAGUGUGUUGCUCGCGGGACUCCGCCAAUCCACACACUUACCUGUUUUACCAUCCUCUCCUCUGCCUUCCUUCUUCUCUCACUCUGACUCUCUCUCUCUCUCUUUCUCUCGCGCGCAUAAACACACACACAGACGACCUGGUAGGUGGAAAAAUAGCAGGAAUCGUUCAAUGAUUCCAUUAU